AUGAAUAAACCACCAGAUCAAUUCAAUUAUAUGAAAACACCAAUAACGAUGGACAAAAGCAAAAAACUUAAUAAUAUGUCUCUCGGAGAAAAAUAUCUAUUGAUGAUACGCGUUAAAAGUGAAGACUCUCUUAAGAAUGUUUCGCCUUUCCUAAUAAAAAAAGUUAUUGAUAAUGUAGCUAGUGGUGAAGUUUCUCUGUGUAAAAAAUUACAAAACGGUACUAUCUUAAUCAAAACAAAGAACUACACUCAAGCCAGCAAACUUAUACAACUCACCUCUUUAUCAUCUGAAAUUCAAGUGGAACUUAAAGAACACCCUACACUUAACUUCUCAAGGGGAGUUAUAUAUUCUAAUGAUCUACGAGAUAUUGCAGAAGAAGAAAUUCUAUCUGAACUGAAAUCGCAAAAUGUCUGUUCGAUUAAAAAAAUAAUGAAAAAAGUUGAUGAAGUUUUACAAGAGACUGGUCUUAUAAUAAUCACAUUUGCCGCUACUACUUUACCUUCCGACUUAUAUGUUGGAUACGAGAAACUUAAAAUACGACCAUACAUCCCACUACCGCUUAAAUGUAAUAAGUGUUUUCAAUAUGGCCAUAUCUCUAAAAUAUGUAAAAAUGAUAACAUCUGCUACAAUUGCGCACAAGCAUAUCAUCUUAAUCCGGAAUUAAAAGAAAAAUGCACCUUACCACCACCAAUUGUAAAAACCUAA